CAACCCCCCUCCGUGUAAUCUCGCGUUAUCAGGACACCCAACAUGGCUACAAUGUAACACGGCUGUGAGACGUUUCUCUCCUGGUAAAUAAAAGCUGCAAGGCGUCACCAGCAAUGGAAAAACAAGAGGAAACUACUGCAGAGCCACAAACUGCAGAUGCAGUUCCUUCCACACCCCAGUCUGUAAGAGGGGUCAAACUUGAGACCAAGAGGCCAAGAGAAGGAGGCAGAAAGAAGAACCUCUUACUCUCAAGAAAGGGUCACAAAUGUUCUACAUAUGGUUGUAACCGUACAUUCGUGAACAUGCAGGAUCUUAUCCAUCAUGUGUCCAUUCACUAUAAACCCACUCAGUCUUUGCAAGAUAAAAAAUUCAUAUGCUCCAUUAGUGGAUGUGGUGAAGUGCUAGAUAGCAUGCAAGACCUCAUGAACCAUCUAAAAGUCCAUUACAAGCCUAAUCGCUACUUUAAAUGUGAAAACUGUAUGCAACAUUUCCGUACCCAUCGAUCCCUGUUUAAACACCUUCAUGUCUGUUCUGACAACGCUGCACGCUCAGUGUCACAAGGUUCUACUCCAUUGUCAGCUUCUUCUGAUUCAGCAACCCCUGCAGGACCAGUGAGCCGCCAAACAAGUGUUAUCCAGUGUAUUAAAAAGGAUACUUCUCUCCCAACGGCUGAUGAUAUUCCGACAACGUCAAUGGCAGCUGUACCUUCAAGUUCCACUCUUCCUGGGGAGCCCCUUCACUCAAAGAGCAAAUCGGUGUCUCAAGUUUCUAACUCAUUUCCUGCUUUUGACCCAAACCUGUUUGCAGGACGUGUACCAGGAACAUCCCAAUCCAGUGCUGCCAGUUCUUAUCUUUCCUAUAUGAACCCAUCAACAUACAAUUUGCCACAAGCCUCCAUUUCUCAAAGACUUAAACCGUUCUUGGGGAACCAAAGCCUGCCAGCUUCUAAUGCCAUGUGGAAAAAGAACCAAGGCCAUACAACCAACAGUCGUAUUAUUUGGGAGCAUACACGAGACAACUACAGGUGUAUGCAGUGUAACUUUUCAACUGUAACUAGAGACCAAAUGGAUAAACACAUUGAUUUGUUUCAUAAGAACCCUCCUUCAACUCGGCUGGAUCAAAUAGAUUAUAAUGUGGAUCUUAUUUCAUUACAUGCCAAGCUCCCUUCAGAAAUGGAUUCGGACCUCUUGCCAUAGAUCUGAAAUACUGCCACAAGUUUCUUAAAAGCAAGAUUUUUUGUGUUUUGUUUUUUUUGUUAAAUUUAAGUGGGCACUUGUAUUGAAGACCUGAAAGCUGAUGCACACAGUUAUUUACAGAUUUGGCCAUAGAAAUAAAGCUGUUUAUCUCCAAGCUGAGUAUUUUACUGAAUCUCAUGCCAGGGCAGGGAGAUCAAGACUGGUGGAUGGAUCCGCCAGUCUUGAUGUAUUUUCCCCAAUGUCUUAUGCGUGGACAGGAAGUCAGAUUCUCAAUGCAUUCCUAUGUGAGUGACAUUAAGUUUCCAUAGGAAUCAAUAGGGAAAAUUACUUCCUGUCCAAACAUAACACUGAGGCAGAUUUACAAUAGAAAAUAUGUCAGU